AUGGUUCAACUCAAGGCAGCUGCUCUAGCUCUUCUUUUCGCUGGCCAAACGCUUGCCAGCCCUGUCGAAUCUCGACAGGCCUCUGUGAGCAUUGAUGCUAAAUUCAAGGCCCACGGAAAGAAGUAUUUUGGAACUAUUGGUGACCAGUACACCUUGACCAAGAAUACGAAGAACCCAGCUAUCAUCAAGGCUGACUUUGGCCAACUGACCCCGGAGAACAGUAUGAAGUGGGAUGCUACUGAGCCAAACCGAGGCCAGUUCUCCUUCUCAGGAUCGGAUUAUCUGGUCAACUUUGCCCAAUCCAAUGGCAAACUGAUCCGUGGCCAUACUCUCGUGUGGCACUCCCAGCUUCCAUCAUGGGUCUCCUCCAUCACGGACAAGAACACUCUCAUCAGCGUCAUGCAGAACCACAUCACUACGCUGAUGACCCGCUACAAGGGCAAGAUCUACGCCUGGGAUGUUCUGAAUGAAAUAUUCAACGAGGAUGGUUCCCUGCGGAACAGUGUUUUCUACAAUGUCAUCGGCGAGGACUAUGUACGCAUCGCUUUCGAAACAGCUCGCGCUGCUGACCCCAAUGCAAAGCUCUACAUCAAUGACUACAAUCUGGAUUCCGCCUCAUAUUCCAAGGUGAACGGUAUGGUCAGCCACGUCAAGACGUGGCUUGCUGCUGGUAUUCCAAUCGAUGGAAUCGGCUCCCAAACCCACCUGGGCGCUGGUGGCGGUGCUGCUCUGAAUGCCCUUGCCGGUGCUGGAACCUCAGAAAUUGCUAUCACCGAGCUUGAUAUCGCUGGUGCUAGCUCUACCGACUACGUCAAUGUUGUCAAUGCUUGUCUGAACCAGGCCAAGUGUAUCGGAAUCACAGUUUGGGGAGUCGCUGACCCGGAUUCGUGGCGCUCCAGCUCUACUCCGCUCCUGUUUGAUGGCAACUACAACCCUAAGGCUGCGUACACUGCCAUUACGAAUGCGCUCUAG